UGCACGCUAGCUCUGUGACACUACUACAUCUAUGACACCGGGGAAGUAAAACCCCUUCGCAGCCAAUGUGGCUAAACGACACCGCGAAGUUAGUUUUAGUUAUUUAUGUCGCUAAUUAUUACCAACAACAGUCACAUAGCAAACUAAAAGACAAGUGUUUAAGUAUUAAACCCUAAAACUACUGUUGCGGCUUUGGGUUUCAUGAAACGGUCCAGUUAACUUCAGCGACGUCAACGGCUCCAUGAGGUACUGAGUCAUCUUACCUGAUAUUCCACAUCUGAAACGGCAUAAGUUCAUCAACUGAUCAACGGAUCUGCCAGCAUGACGAACGCAGACUCUGUCAGGAUCCGAGUCUUCUCUCUGAACUGCUGGGGGAUCCGCUUCCUUAGCAAACUUUGUACUGAACGCUACGCCAUGAUUGGAGACAUGUUGUGCAAAGAAGAGCAUGAUAUUGUCCUCCUGCAAGAGGUGUGGAGUGAGAAAGACUACCUGUUCUUGAAAAAGAAACUCUCCCUUAGCCACCCUCACUCACAUUAUUUCAAAAGUGGAGUCAUAGGAAGCGGCCUGGCCAUGUUCUCCAAACACAGAAUCCGUGACACAUUUCUUUAUCGCUUCUCGCUGAAUGGUUACCCAUACAUGGCCCACCAUGGAGACUGGUUCGGGGGUAAAGCUGUUGGGAUGGCUGUUCUAAGCAUCGGAAGUCUGACUGCUAAUGUCUACGUCACUCAUCUGCAUGCGGAGUACUGCAGAGAGAAGGACUCUUAUCUACCUCACAGAGUGGUUCAGGCCUGGGAGCUGCAGCAGUUUGUCCGGCACACCUCUGCUGGAGCAGAUGUGGUCAUUUUAGGUGGUGACCUCAACAUGCACCCUCAGGACCUCGGAAACAGGCUACUGAGAUCUUACACUGGACUCCGUGACGCUUAUUUAGAGACUGAUACAUUUAAUGGGUGUGAGGAUGGUGUCACUCUAAUAGCUGACAACCCUUUCAUCAAUAAAAAGGAGCUAGGUCCUUUUGAGAAGGGAAUCCGAAUUGACUACAUCUUGUUCAAAGGUUCUUCUAAAGUGGACGUCUUUUGUGACUCCAUGUCAACCACCAAAGGCUCCGUCCCUGAUCACCCUUUCCCAUACUCCGAUCAUGAGGCUCUGAUGGCUGAACUAAGGCUGGUGUCACACACUCCCAUUGAGACUGGAAGAGAGAAGUGUAUUAAAGAGAAGGACUCCACUGCAGGUAGAGUGGCUGAGCUGGUGGAUAUUGUGACAGAGGCUCGCACUGAAGUCAAAGUAGGCCUGCACUGUACAGAGAGCAUGCGCUACACAGCAGCACGCACUGGCGUGAUGGGUUUGGCUCUGCUGUUGCUGGAGCUGGCCAUCGCCGCAGUGCCCUGGUUGGCUCUGGGAGCUGAACAGCCUUUCCCCCUCACCUCCUUCUACCUGCUGGCUGCUCUGUGCUUCGCCAUCCUGCUCACCACCUUCAUGCUGUACAUCCUCUACACCAUGGAGCUGAAAUCUCUUCAGGGGGCUGAAGACCAGAUGAGACUUGCUGUCGGAAGCCUGCAAGAGAAUCUCAGGGGUUUUCCUCUGGCUCAGCCUCACGUCUCCCUGCGGAAGCCUCCAGAGGGUGUUAGCGUCAUGGACCAGGAGGAGUAAUGUCUGAGCCAACUGGGUCAAAGUGGACUUUGGUUUUAAUGAAGCCCUUUGAAGUGAGCUUUAAGAUGAAGGAAAUUCUUGCUCCUCUGAAGGUGAUUUAUGCUCUAAAGAGAUUUAGAUUUUUACUGUAAAAUGAAAGGUUUGAACUAUAAUCAAAGGGAGAUUCUGAUAGUAGUGUUUCACACAAUCAUUUCACUUUUAUAUUAGUCUUUAUUCUUUUGUUAGGUUUUCCUCUAUGCACCUCCACAAAUACAUCUCCUAUCAGACGGUUGAAUACAUGUGUUCUACUGCUGUGCUUAAAGGUCCUGUAUAUGACCAGUUUUGUUUUAUUUUAUUUUUUUAAGCCUCAGGUGCUACUUGCAUUCCACAUACUGUACCAGUAUUACCAGUACCAUCGGGACCAGUUGUUUCUGUUUAUAAUCUCAUGCUUCCAUUUUGUGAUUUUUAGAAUCCGUUAUACAAUCACAGUGGGUCCAGAUACUGUGUUUGCAGAUCAAUUUAAUGUGUUUAUUUACUCACAGAAGAACUAAACAGAAGAUAUAUACACUCCACCAGUUGUAGGUUUACAUGUUGAUGAGCAAGUAUUUUAGUUUCGGCACUUAAAGAUUCACCGUGUUUAGACUUGAAGGAUUUCAUCGGCGUUGCACCUAAAGUUUCUUGAUGUUAGAUUAUUGUCUUCACUCCUCCAUCCCAAAGUGUGGCAUUGUGAAUGUAAAGCUAUAUCAUGAUGUAUAUUCUUAACUUUGAACUCAUCUGAUCACGGAAGUUAUUUUUUACAAAGCUGCUGAAAACUAUAUCGUAUGUGUAGAACUUUCUAGCAGGCAAAGCUGUUUGUCUUUCAUUCUAUUUAUCUGUUCAUUGUUGAUAUUGGUAUC